AUGUCUAAACGCAGAGCUGAUGAAACUGUAGCUGUCAGAGACAGUUCUCGAGAGACAUUCUAUCGCAAGGAGCUUGAGUCGGAUGUUCACAGCGCGCCCAGUAAAUCCACUGAGGAGAAGCGCCAGAUGCUCGAGUUAUUGAAACAAUUCGAGGAGAAUACAAUGGAUGACGCCAUCAUGGGACCUGACAAUGAUGAUGACGACGACGAUGAAGGAGACGGCGUUGAUCUAGCUGAGCGGCUUGGUGGGCUUGAUAUUGAAUCUGCUUCGUAUGAUCAAAUCUGGGACGCAUUAACACCAGCAGAGCACGAGAAAUUCAAGAAAGCAUUAGGUGAUCCGACUAGUGAUAUGGCUCAACAGCUCCUGGCGAGCGAUGAGCUGGGAAAUGUGCGCACAGAACCUUGGUGGGAGGCACCUAUGGACUUAGAAACCGAUGUGCAAGUCGCGGAAAGUAGCACGCCCUCCAAUCGAUCAAGUCUUCUACAAGCCAAGACGUUCGGCACAAAACCUAAGCUUAUGGUUAUACCCGCGUCUAUGGUCUCACCACCCGUCGCUGGAAAGACGCCUCUCCUGCUGUACAACAUCUGUGCGCUAUGUAUAGCUUACACAUACGUCACGCGUCAUUUCGCGACAUCACCCCUUACAAAGUUCCCACCUAGUGAUCCUGACCGCGCUGAUGCUUUCCGCAUCAUCUCAAAACUUGUGCCAUUCUUGACGGAUCGCAAGUCCAAGACUAUACAUCCAACUCUGUCGAGUGUGGUCACAGAUCUGUGGUCUCGCUUCGAUUCUGGUGAAAUGACCUCACCAUUCUUCUCCCUUCUCCUGCAUGAUGCCGCAGCACUCCUACGACCCUCGACAGUCGUAGAAGUCUUAUUUUCCGUGAGUGGCGAUCCGCGCUCCGACGGCUCAUACCCCGAGCUUGAAAGCCACCCAAACACGAAUGUCCUUCGCGCUCUCUCCGACCUCUCUGCUCUUUCCGGCGAUGACCUGCUUAGUCAAAGUACGAAGUCCAGUCCGUCGAGCUCGUCCUCCAAGACAACCACAAGUACGGCAAAAACAAACCACGUCACGCACAAGCUGACGUUCUACGCCGCUCACAUCGUGAGCGCUCCGCCGUUGCUGUUGCGCGCGCUGGCAGAGGAGACAGCCGCUCGCGCUAAUGCUGUAGCUCGAGAAGGCAUCGCACUACCUGAUGGCCGCUCGGCUAUCCAGAGCUCUGCAGCGACUGGUUCAAACCAGAUGCAUACGCAAAGUGGGCUGUCACGGAUUAUCGAGUUAUCCUAA